AUGGCUCAAGGAGAAACUUUUAAGCCUGGCGAACCAUACACACAUCGUCUUAGCAAAAUUCUUGAAGAAUAUCCAGACGGGUCUCAAAUUAUUCGUGAAAUUCUUCAAAACUCCGAUGACGCCAAAAGUAGUUCUCAGGUCUUUAUACUUGACCGUAAUUCUUAUAAAUCUAAAAGCCUGUUAAAACCAGUGAAAAAAAGUGAUAAAACAAACUUAAAAUUGGACCGUUAUCAAGGUCCCGCUCUUUUAGCAAAGAACGAUACAAUUUUUGAAGAGCGAGAUUUUGAUUCUUUAAAGAAAUUAGCUAAUAGCGAAAAGUAUGAUCAAUUUGAUAAAAUUGGUGUUAUGGGAGUAGGCUUUAAUAGUGUUUACCAUAUUUGUGAUACUGUCCAACUUAUCACUGGAGAUAAUUUUCUUAUUCUUGAUCCACAUGAGAAUUAUUUUGAUGGUGGAAUAAAAAUUGACUUUAUUAAAAAUAACACUGCUACACACCAUUCGGAUCAAUUUGCCCCUUUUCGCAUUCCAUGCGAUCAAAGAUUUAAUGGCUCCUUAUUCCGUUAUCCUCUUCGCACCGCCCAAGAUGCAUUAGAAUCGGAAAUUUCCAAAAAGGCUUAUAGUCCAGAUCAAAUUUUAGAAAUCUUUAAAACUUUCUAUGAAAAUGAAAGCGUUAAUUGCCUUUUAUUUUUGAAAUAUAUUGAAAGUAUCAAGUUUUAUGAACUUGGUGAAAAUGAGACUGAACCCAAAUUGCUUUAUUCUAUCGAAAUCGUGAACCCUGAGCAAAUUCGAGCAGAACGAAGAAAAAUCGCGGAGAGUAUUGGACCUAUGAUGGAUUCUCUUACUAAGAAAAAAAUUUCAAAAAUCUCUAUCAUAGAGACUAUGCUUAUUGCUGAAUUCCGCCGAAAAAGAGGCGAUGAUAAUCCUCAAAUAGAUCAAUGGAUCAUCUUUGCUUGGCUUGAUGAUUUGAAUGCUGCAGAAAAACAUUUUCAAAAUAAUUUUAAGAGAUCCAUUAGUUCAUAUAAAUUCAUUCCAAACGUUGGAAUCGCAUUACCACUUAAUGAUAGAGAGGCCAUUGGAAGACUAUUUUGCUUCCUUCCUCUUCCCAUAGUAACUCCAUUUCGCGGUUCUGUACAUGGAUACUUUGCGGUUAGCACAAAUAGACGCACGCUCUGGACAGCUGCAGAUAGCGAGGAUUUGGCUUACCAUUCGUCUGCUAGGCUCAAAGUUUCAUGGAAUAUAUACCUUUUUAAUACUGUCCUUCCGAAAGCUUGGGCAAAAUUUUUGGCUAGACUUCCCAUCGAGGUACCAAAAAUCAAAAAAUCGGAAUUUUAUGAUUUUUGGCCUAUUGUUCAAAAAUCUAUUUCUGGAAGUUCUACCAAUUUCUUUGAAAGAUUAUUGCUUAGUACUAUUGAAAGUCUUACCAUUGGUGAUGAAGUUUUUUGUGGACCAUCGGUUUCGUACGCGCUUGGCAAUGUUGAUGGAAUAUCUCAAAGGAGCUUUACAUCACAUGAAACUGAAUUUCAUUUGUUAUCAAUCGAUAAUGGAUAUCUUCCUGAUGAAUUGGCAAUUGAUGAGAUUUCAAAAAUCGUUGGAAGUAUAGGAUUUCCUGUGAUUAACAUAAAGUUAGAAGUGAAAGAUGGACUGAAAAAAUCACGGCACAAAGAUUCCUUGAAAUAUUUUUCUCCUCAAAUAAUUAGAAAAUAUCUGCACAAAAAUAAGGAAAAAUGGGAAGCUCAAUUAUCAAGAAAAGAAAAAUUAUCCUUGCUUUCAUAUAUACUCGAAGAUAAAAGUUAUAUUGAAUUAGAUGGCCUGUCAAUGAUUCCGUUAGCCAAUAAAGAUUUGGGUACCUUUUCAAAGAAUACAAGCUACAUUAUAUAUAUUGGUCCAGAUAAAGAUCAAAGACUUGGUAUUAAUGAUGAGCGAAAUAUUUUUAAGAAUAGCUUAAAUAAAUUUAUUGAUAAAGAUAUUCCUCGUAAACUUUGGAAUCAAAUUUAUGAAGGUACAAUGAGUAGAUGGGGCCUUAAUAUUAAGAUUUUGACGACUACAGCAAUAGCUGAUCUAAUAACUAAAUCAUUGGAAGGAUACACUAAUAACAUUGAUGAGAUCCCAUUAAAGAAUUCUCGUGAAUGGAUUAAUCAAAUAUGGUAUAAUUUUCUUGAAAGACAGUACAAUUUAGAUAAUUUUAAGGACAUCCAUCUUUUACCGACAAAUAGAGGAACACUUCGUAAAAUAAAAACAAUUCAGAAAUGUUUUUGGAAUAGUAUUGAUAAUAAACUCGAAAAUAAAAUUCAACCACUUAUCCAGAAAUUUGGAAUUGUAUUUGUUGACAAAGAAUUCGAGAAACAUGAUGUAUCAAAUUGGAAUGAAUUAUCAAAAUAUGUUAUCGGACUUAAUAAUGUGACCGAAGUCCUGGAAUGCAUACGUGCAAUUACUAUAUUUCCAAAGAACAUACAGAAAAAUCUGAACUCUCAAGAAGCAACCGAAUUGAUAGACCAUUUAUGUCGUUACUUUCGUUCUUCUAAUACCAAUUAUUAUGGUAUUAUUAUUAAACAUCUUCCAAUCUUUACGGAAGUUGACAAAGAUGGGCUAAUUGCUCUGUCGCCUGGAACUAAAGAAUGGUAUCUACUUCCAACGGAAGAUGAAAAAAGUUAUGGGUAUAUUAUUGCACCCAAUAAUAUAAGUGGUUUUCUCGAUGCAACUAUGUCAAGUUCAAGAUUUCUUAUGGAAAAUAUUAUCAAUAUUCCUCGAUUGUCUCAACAAGAAUAUUGGUGCAGAUUUGUUAUUCCGUAUCUAGAAUAUCAACCCACAAAUGUUUUAAAAGUUGUAAUUACAAAGCUUUUUGAAAGAUUGAUGCAAUUACUUUCAGGAGAUUCAAAGUUGAAAAGUAUAUUGGAGAAAACUGCAUUUGUUCCAUCCGGAUCAAUCCAAUUUCAACCCAAUGAUAACACAACAUAUGAAUUACAUAAACCGAUCGAGCUAUAUGACCCUGAUAAUUGGAAAAUUUCUGAAUUAUUUUUUGAUGAUGAGAUUGUGUUUCCUAUAAAAAACAUUGCUGAUUAUAAACAUCGGAUUUUGCCUUUAUUAAGAGAAUUAGGGAUGAAAACAUAUCUAUCAUUAGACGAUAUCAUUCAACGAUUAAAAGUCAUGAGCGAACGUAAAGAAAUUUCAAAUUUGAGAGAAAUAGUACACAAAAAAUCAAUGAAGUUAGUUCAAUAUAUUGAUUCACAUUUUGACAAACUCACUGGAGGCAAACAAUUUCGAUCCAAUAAUGUACCAACUAAUAAUAAUAGUCAACUUCAACAAUUGUCCAUGAUAUUUUUAAAUACUGAAUGGAUUCCCACAAUCGAUCAUACAGGAAAACAACGAUUCUCGAAGCCAGGAGAUUGUCGAGACAAGCAACAUAAAAAUACUGUUGGCUUGAUAAUGCCGAUUCUAGAAUAUUCACUUAGCAAUAAAUUAUUUUCUACUUUGCUGAGAUGGGAUUCAUAUCCGCCAGUCGAUAUUGUACUCAGACAACUUAAAGCUUGUCGUUCUCAAUCACGCGAUCAAUUAUAUCAGUAUCAUCAGAAACCUGAUAAAAUAUGUGAAUCAAUUUAUAAGUACAUGAAUGAAGCAUUAUUAGCCAGAGAUCGAGAUCAACAAUCACGAAUGGAAAUUGAAAAAUUUAAGGAAGAACUUUUAUCAAAUGAAGAAAAUUGGAUUUUUUUCAAUGAUCGAUUUUAUCCAUCAAGUAGAGUGGUAUUUGAACUAGAUGAUAGCUUAAUCAGUGAUGCGACAGUAAUAAUACAACUUCCACCGAAAUAUAAAUUAUAUUAUAGUGAUUUAUUUUCUGAAAUGGGAGUUAGGCAAAAAGUAGAAAUCCCUGAUCUAAUCAACAUUAUUCGAGAAUUUCAUAAAGACGGGAAAACUCUAUCACAAGAUGAAAUUCAUAAGAUUAUUGUGCUUAUAGAACAAAUAGCAAAAAAAAGAAUCGACUCAGAACAAUUAGGAAACAAUGAUGUUAAUGGCUUAAAAGGAUUAUUGAUUCCAAGUACUGAAUGCCAACUAGUUGAUUUUUAUGAGAUUCAAUACGAUGACAUGGGAAGCCGAUUGGAAGAAGAAAAAAAAAGGGAGUAUAAGAUCGCACAUCCGCAAAUAUCAUCCGCAAUUGCAAGAAUGCUUGGAAUGCAAGAACUUGCUGGAAAAUUAAUCGAUGAAGGAAAUGACUUUGAUAAUUAUGGAGUGGAUUAUGAACAGGAAGAACCAUUAGCCAUCAGAAUUAGUAAUAUUCUUAAUGAUUACCCUAUUAAUGUUUUGUUCAAGGAGUUCUUGCAAAAUGCAGAUGACGCAGGAGCUCGAAAGCUUAGCCUGAUUAUUGAUGAAGGUGAAUUUGGAAUUCCCAAAAAACUGCUUGAUCAAAAGUCACAUUCAUUGAUAACAGAAGAAAUGAACGAUUGGCAAGGGCCAGCUUUAUGGAUAUACAAUGAUGCAGUAUUUACCGAAAAAGAUUUUGAGUCAUUACUAAAACUUGGUGUAGGCGGAAAAUCCGAAGAUCACACGAAAAUUGGAAAGUUUGGUAUUGGAAUUAAUGUUUCCUUUCAUUUAACAGAUCUUGUCAGUUUUGUGAGUGGCGAAUAUAUAGCAUUUUUGGAUCCAUCAGAAAGAUUUCUACCAAAAACUGGAAACCCACCUCGUCGACCUCGAGGAAAACGUAUCAAUUUUCUUAAAAGUGAUUUUAAAAAUAGAUUUAAGGAUCAAGCUAAACCAUAUACAUCAAUUUUUAAGAGGUGUAGUUUUACAGAAAAGUUUAAUGGAACUUUAUUUCGAAUUCCCUUGCGAAAGAAUAAAAUGGUAGAAAACAGCAAGAUUUCUAAGAAAUACCAUGAUGCUAGGGAUGUUUUACAAAUUUUUGAAGCGAUUGAGGGGAAUCAAGAAAUAUUGUUUUUAAGAAAUAUCGAAUAUUGUAGUUUACAUUACUUCAAAGAUAAAACCAGGCAAAUAAUUUGGGAAGUUAAAAUUGAAAACAUAGACUCCAAAAUACGUGAAAGUCGCUCAUCAACAUCUUAUGUGCAACAAAUAUUUCAACUCGAGAUGGAAAUGAACAACAGAGAUAGUAAAAGCUCAGAAAUAUGGUUAGUUUGUACUGGUGGAAAGGACAAUAAAAAAAUAAUAGAAUUGGAAACUAUCUCUAAAGAUUAUAAUACUCGAACAAGAGGUGGAGUUGCUUCAUUACUAGCUCGAUCUAAGAGUAAACCAUUAGUAAUGCUUAAGAGAGAUAAGUUUCCAAAUCCACCAAAGCUUACAGGGAAACUAUAUUCAUUCCUAUCACUUCCAGUAACCACUUCUCUUAAUGUUCAUCUUAAUGGAACAUUUUUUAUUUCUAGUGAUAGAAGAAAUCUUCUGCAAUCAGAAAAUAACUCUGAAAAGUCGAAAUUUUUAGGAGAUAAAUGGAACAAACAUAUUUUAUUUGAAAUCUUACCACAGUUGCAUGUUGCACUUUUGAAUCGUAUAGCUGAAUUAGAUCAUCAAUAUCGCUUUUCAAAGUUCCAACAAGAGCAAGCGUCGCGACAUAACCAAUAUAAUGCAAUCACAACUACAAAUCUUUGGCCAGUUGUAGAUGGACUUUCGGAAAUAUUUAAAAAUUAUGCAACAAGGGUAUUAAGGAAAUUGUAUUUUGGCAACUCUAAAAUCUGUUGGACUCAAGCAAAUGGAGGAGAAUUUAUUUCAUUUAGAGAUGCAUAUUUGGAAGAACGCAAGAAUACAGCUAUUGCUGAAAUUUUGGCAGCUCAAAAUAUACCAAUUAUCAAGUUGACUGAUGAACAAAUAAGCCAUUUUAAUGAUUUCCGAAGGAUAGAUAAGGGUAGAACCAUAGAACCUUUGAAAAGGAUUACCGCGCAAUUAGUUUCUGACACUUUUCGGAACAACCCUAAUAUUUUAAAUGGUGAAUCUCAUGAAAAUAUAUUUAAAUUGCUAAAGUUUAUUAUUCAAGAUAGGGAUUUGUCUCAUGAAAGCCUUAUUGGAUUACCAUUAUUGCCACUUAGUGAUGGUACUAUUGGAACAUUCGGUGAGCGAGAGCAUUAUAUUGCAGAGCUAAAACUACAAGAAUUAUUUCCCACAGCAGUGAAAAGAUCAAAAUUUGUGGCUGAAUAUCCCAAAGAUAUCAAAAUGCUUUUUGAUGACGAAAAAUUUUGUACUUUAGUUAAAAUCAAACGAGUAAAUGCAUCUUCAAUAAUUUCCUUAUUAGAAUAUGAAUUACCACGCGAUAAAGAAUUAGAAUGGAAUCAAAAUGAUCCAAAGCAACAAUGGAUCAAUAAUAUAUUGCGUUAUUUUAUACAUCCAAAUGCAAGUUAUGAUUUUUCCAAAUUAGCAAGACUUCCGUUACUACCAAUAAUUCGACCGCAAGAAAAACUUGCUUUAUUUGAUUUUCAAAAUCCUGUCUUAGCCUAUAAUGCUUCUCAUCCGAUGACUUCAAUUCUUGCAAAAUUUGGAGUUAGAUUUACAACCUUAAAAUUUCCGGAAGCAUGUAAUCAAAACUUAAAACAAUGCAUACUGAAAACAAAUGGUAUUAAUGUGAUGAAAUGCCUUGAAAGAGCUAUUUCGUCGUCUGUUAUAUCAGUGGAACAAUUAUUUAGUGAAAAAUUAAAUACACAUGAAAUCAACAAAUUUAGAAAUUUUGUCAUAACUGAAUUCAAGAAAAAUAAGAGAAAUGUUGUAUCAUUUCUCAAGACGCUACCAAUCUGGCCAACUAAGUCAUUGGAUAAAAAUGCUUUCAUAUCUGCUCAAUCUGGAAUUCUAAUUCCACAAGAUCUUCCACUUUUUUCGUCAGAACAAAAUUCUAGAGUUUUUAAUGCAGAAUCUGAAGAUGAUUUCAAUACUCUAUUUGCUCUUGAGGUUGAAAUAUUAGAUUCAUUAAAAUAUGUUAAGGACAAUCUCAUCCCUCAUUUAAUUGCCUUAGGGCCCACUAUUCAAUGUUUAGAUCUAUUAAAAUCUAUUAUCUUAUUAAAAAACCAAGACAUUGAAAACCAUUUGGCAUUACACCGCAUAAUUCCAAAUAAUUCACUAACGAAAUUAGCCAAAGCAGAUGAGUUAUACGAUACUAAUAUUUACUUGUUUCUUACAUCAUUUAACGAAUCUGAUAGUUUUUUACACUCAGACUUACGCUUAAAUCAUGAAUGCUUUGAGGCAGUAAAAAGAAUGGGACUGAACUACCAAGUUAACUCACAAAAUUUUUUGAAAUGUGCUCGUGAAAUCCAAUCAAAGAUAAAUAGUAAUGUUACUGAUACUAUUGAUUCAUCAUUAUAUGUUGUAAGAUACUUGUAUGAUAAUUAUUCGAUAAUGAGGUUCUCAAAAAAACAAUGGCAAGAGUUGAUAACUAUAAAAUUCAUACCUGUUGACAUGGAUCUUCCAUAUCCAUAUGUUGAACAUGCAGUAAAAAUCUCAACAAAGUUUGAAUCAUUUGACUCACUACGUUGCCAAACUUAUAAGAAUCUUUGUUGGACUCAAUGCCCAUUAUUUAAUAGAUUUAUAGAUCCACCAAAACCAUUCAUGAAUUUCAUGUUAAGUGAAACUGGAUAUUCGUAUUAUUAUCCACCAAUUGUUGAAAUUAUAAAAAAUUUAAGGGUUAUUGCUUUGGAAAUACCACAAUCAUCAAACCAAUCGUCUUGGAAGUCAUCUGAUGGAAUUAAAACAUUUUUGGAAAUUUUAGAAGAAAAUUAUUAUACAUUAAAUCAUUUUGUAGAAAAUUCAAAUGAUGCUGAAAAUUUAAUAAAAAAUCACAUAAAAGAUGAGAAGUUAUUCUUAAAUAACGAUGAUCCGUUUAAUUCCAAUUAUUGGGUGGCGGGACGAGAUAUUGUUUUUGGAGUAGAUGAUGACGAUUUACGUAAGGUUCAUCCAUUUUUAAACAAUUUCAAGAAAUUGUUAAAAGCGGUGGGAGCUAAAGAGAUAGAAAAAGUUAUCUCUAAAGUUAAAGUAAGGAAACAUUCUCAGAAGGACGAACUACUUAAAAAAUUGUUAGAAAAUUUCAGACAACAAGAAGAAAUUAAGCAUGAUGUUGUGUUUCGAGUUGGUGAAAAUGGUGCAUGCAUUGAGGACAUCUAUGCUAGUCGAUAUGUUCUUUCAGCUACAUCCCAGCAUUUUGAUAAGCUUUUAAAUGAAAACUUAAAUGAUCCAUGGUCUCAGAAAAUUAUUGUAGAAAUUGAGGGCCAACCUUUAGCAUUCCGUAUACUAAUCCGUUGGUUAUAUGGUCAACCAUUUAAGGAAGCAUUUUCUGAAGUUUUUCAUUCUAAUAUUAAUAAUUCUAUUGAUAACUCUUCACAACAUUUAUUACUUUUAAUUGGCCUAAUUAAACUUACUGAUAGAUUUGAUCUAGAUCCUUUGAAAGAGCUUGACAUUCCAAAUAAGGAACUUUAUAUUAACUUAGGACUAAUAAUCAUCAUAUUAGUAUCUGAUCAAAAUUAUCCUGAUAACCAAAUAUUUAAACUACUAGCAUUACCAACUUAA